CUACAAUGAGUAAACGCAAAAAUCCUUCGGGAACGGACAACUUAAAUGGGGACUUCUGCGAGUUCUUGAUGGAAUUAGCAGAAUUUGAAAAAAAUGUUAGUCGGAACAUACACAAGUACAAUGCCUACAGGAAAGCAGCAAGUGUUCUAGCUUCUCACAGCAAGAGAAUAGAAUCCGGAGAUGAGGCCAAAAAAUUAAACGGAAUUGGUGAAAAAAUUUCAAAGAAAAUUGAUGAAUUUCUACAAACCGGAAAACUGCAGAAGCUUGAAAAUAUCCAUCAUGAUGCGGAAGCUCAAUCCAUCAGUUUACUUACGCGAGUUUCAGGAAUAGGUCCCGUGAAAGCAGCUGACUUAGUUAAGAGCGGAAUUAAAACUAUAGAAGAUCUCAGAACUAACCAGAACAAAUUAAACCAUCAUCAACUAAUAGGUCUAAAAUAUUUUGAAGAUUUUGAAAAGAAGAUACCAAGAUCGGAGAUACAAGAAAUUGAAACAAAAUUGAGAGCCAACAUCUUGCAACUAGAUCCUCAAUUCACCGUGACAAUUUGUGGCAGUUACAGGCGCGGCAAGCAGGAAAGCGGUGAUAUAGACGCGCUCGUGACCCACCCUUCUGUGGUAGCGGACAGUAAGAAGAAGCACAACGAGCAACUGCUUAGGAACACAGUGGAUGCCCUGAGCGGAUUGGUUACUGACACUAUUUCUAUGGGAGACACUAAAUUCAUGGGCGUAUGUCGACUACCCGCAUUACCGGCGCGCCGCUUGGACAUCAGACUAGUCCCACCCGCGCAGUACCACUGCGCCGUGCUGUACUUCACGGGCAGCGACGUGUUCAACAAGCAGAUGCGUGCACACGCACUCGAGAAGGGGUUCACGCUCAACGAGUACUCGCUGAGACCGGUAGGAGUUACAGGUGUGCCUGGAGAACCAGUGCCGGUAUCCUCGGAAGAAGACAUAUUCGAGUACAUUGACUACCCUUACAAGAAACCCGAGGAUCGCAACAUGUAGGCGGGCAUAACACCGUAGCACCCGAAAACCGCUUCAGUGUGUAGCCACCAUAAAGGAGUUAUUACAUCUAUCCUUUUUUACAAAGUUACAAGAUACAAAAGGUGCUCGGCAAAUGGAUGGCAAUAACCCCUUAUAAUGGCGCCAAAAUAAAAGUUUCGUGAAUUGGAUAUAAAAAUAUAAUAUCACAAGGGAAACUAGGACGAGAUAACAUAAUUCAAUUAACAAAGUAAUUGUCUUACAACUAGUUUCGUAUUAAAUUUAUUACAUAAGGAAGUCAUGAGGUCGAAUUUAAUUGACUAAUUAUUAGAUUUUUUAACAAUUUCAGUCAGUUCAUUGCUUUUUACAAUUUAAAAAAGUCUGUAUUAUUUUACUUUUAAUAUCAAAAAACUAUAAUCUCAUUAUCUGCCAAUUAAUUUGUCAUGUGAUUGUUAAAUGAUUAUUUUAUAAAUACGAUAUUUAAGUUAUAAUGGAGCAACAUGAUUCUUGAAUACCUACACUAAAACUAUUGUUUAACAUUACAAGUACAGUAUGCAAGUAAACUUUGGUAAUCACAUAACUGUUUUAUCAUAAAUACUUGAAUUCAUAAGUAAAUAAUUAACCUAAAAGUACAAAUAUUCAUUCAACAUACUCGUAAUAAUAUUAUAUCACACCAUAUCAUAGUAAUCUUUUGCAGACUAGUAAUAUUUUAGCCUUAUUAUGCUUGACUUCAAAUAGUACUGUUUUCAUUUAAAUACAACAUAAAAGUUUUCAUAAUACUUAACGUAAAAGGAAUGCCAUCAUUCAAACUUCAAAGUACAUAUAAAUCAGGCUGAAUUAAUUUAAAAAUAAGUAUGUUUCGUCUUCUAUUGGGUUAAUAUUGUGUCGUUUAUGAAAAUAAAUUGAUUUUGCCACUGAA